AUGAACUUUGCCAAGGGUAUUCUAGAGUCUAGAAAGCAGCAUUACAAACAUCUGGCAAAGCUACUGAGACCAAUUCCGUUGCAGGUCCCAACGGAAAUAGAGCUUAUGCCUGGAAACACUAUAAGAGUCACCCUGUUCGAUGCUAAUCACUGUCCUGGAUCUGUCAUGUUCCUCAUAGAAGGAGAUGGCAAGGCAAUACUAUAUACAGGUGACAUCAGGGGUAAGGCCACAAUAACUCAGGCUUAUAGGCUCUAUUCUCGUUCGGUAUUUUUGCUGACCGUCUCUCUAGCUGAAUCAUGGUGGGUACAGAGCCUUAUUAGAAAUCCAGUGUUGAUACCGUACACCAUGGGGGACCGCCGUCUGGACACUAUAUAUCUUGAUACCACCUUUGCUACAAAGUCAGAUAUCCACCAGGUCUUCCCCUCCAAGGCAGAAGGCAUACGGGAACUACUUAGUAAAAUUAAGGGGUAUCCCGAAGACACUAUAUUCUACCUUCGUAGCUGGACAUUUGGCUACGAGGACGUAUGGCUGGCUCUCUCCGCAGCCCUGGGCACAAAGAUACAUGUCGACAGGUACCAAUAUAGAUUAUAUAACUCGCUGAGUUCUAGACCAGGAACCGGCUUUGGGGUAGACGACUCUCUCUACCUUUGUGGCUUCAGACUCGGCAACUCCUCUGUUCCGGGGUGUUUGACAAACGAUCCGUCCGCCCGUGUCCACAGCUGCGAACCGGGGGUGAUGUGCUCACGGAUAACAUCUGGAAAAUCAGUCGACAUUACCCCCAUUGUUACACGAACUAAAGACGGUUAUGAAAUACCCGAGGUUGGGGCUGGAGGUGGAAAAGGAGACCUUGAGCAGAGCCACGAACUCGAACUGCCAGACGACGCAACCUUUCAGCGUUUUCUAGACCUGUGUAAGGAGCAGAUAAAGGAGCCAGACACAAGAGACUUGGUAGUCUCAACUCUAUCCAGGGCGUACGAGUCUACGAGAGCAGCUAUCUCCUUGGGUGAAUACGGAUUGAAAGAUGAAGAAGAGAUCACCCUUGCAAAGCUUGUCACCACCAUAGGACACGGCCUGAAGCAGAAGGAAAAGGAGUCCCUGCCAAAUACCAUUGUAAGCAUGCAUGGUUUACCUGUCUUACCUACCCCCGUUCACAAGCAAUUACAACUAACCUUCGCAAUGCAGAAGUUUCCUUACUCCCGCCACUCCUGCUACUCUGAACUAUGCCAGCUCGUGGGAGCAUUUAGGCCUAGGGACAUAUACCCAUGUACAGUUGACCCCCUUACCUGGACCGAGGGAGUCUCCAUGCGGUCCCUGUUCGGCCAUUUGUGCUCAAGCAACACAUUCCGUCAUGACAAUAUGAUGCGAGAAGGAAACCCUCGGCCCUCAAAGCGUCAAAGACGCGCAAGUGAUGCUCAAUCCGAAGUACCCUCCAGCCAGCCAUCAACCAUAGACUCACAGCACAAACUUGAGCUGCAGCUAUCCUCAAGCCAGCCGCAGGAGGACAUCAACCAUCCUUCUCAAACCGGCGAGCAGGAAGACCUCGAAGAUUCCCUAGCAGACUAUCCCACCUCGUUCCCAACGCAGUUGACUGCGCAAUCAUCAGAGUCUCCCGCAACAAGGUUCAAGGCAUUAAAGCAAGCUAUGCUUGAAGACUACCAGGAUGACGAAAUCAACUUUCUCUUGCCUUCUUUUACCGAUUCACAGCCGGAUGUUGAGCCGACUUCGCACCAGCUGCAUGUAUCUAAGGAUUCGGAGGAGGCCCAAAUACAUUCGCAGUCCUCGGUUUCUCAGCGAGAACUGCAAAUAGAGCAGGAAGAGCUAGACUUGCAGCUUAGCUUGUGUGUUUCUCGCACAUUCACCACGACUACUAACGAAGAAGAUCUGGAGGAGGAAGAGGAGGAGGAGGAUGAAAAUACUAAUAACGACGGCGAAAGCAUCGUUUCUCUAUCGUCCUCUGCAUUCUACUCCCAACCUCAGCCGCAGUCUCAGCCUCAAGUUGUAAUUGUGAAACCGGCGGAGAAUUGCAAUGGAGAUGCGGCAGAUACCGUCUUAGUUCCUUCAUCGGCCCCCGGCCCGGAGACGGAUCUUGACUCUGGUCCUCAUGGACCCUGCAAAUCCGAAGCCAGCUUGCGUGCCAGGAAAGAGCUGCGGGUGGCUGCGUAUCGAGCCGCGAAGAAAGGAACAUACCAGGCCUGGACAAAUACGUGUCCGUUGAUAAGUGUGGAUAACCAUACUCAUCCGGAGAUAGAGUUGUGA